AUGUCCAGUUUACUACAGGGAAGUUUUAUAGAAUCAUUACCAUCAAAAGUAUAUUAUAGAACAAAUUUUGUGUCAAAAAACAAUUACUGCAACGCGUUUGAGGAUAAGGGUGGAUUUAAGGACGGAAUAUCUAAAUUAAAUAAUUAUGAAAACGUUAAAAGUAUUCAAGAUAAGCUUACGAAGGCUUUAUGUUAUGUAGCUUUUACUGCUGAAGGCGAUGAGUGUAAAGAACAAUGCCGUUUUUUGUACUAUUGGUUAGGCAAUGAACUAUUAUUAAAUAAAAUAGAUGAAAAUUCCUUUUCAAAAGUUAUUGGAAUGCUUAGUGAAAUUUCAAAUGCUCUUUGUGAGCGUUAUAAAUGCAAAUGUAAUUUUUUUAAAAAUGUUACUAAGGAGAAUUUUGCAAAAAUGAAGAUUGUAAAUGAUUAUUGUAAAGAUCACGACAAUAUUGAGCACACUCUGAAAUUUUAUAUUAAUAAAUGUGAUAAUAAAUUUAAUGAUUAUCUUCUUAAAGUCACUAGUGCAUAUGAGGAAGUGUAUAAUUGUGCAAAUACAAAACCUGAACCAUAUUGUAAGGAACUUAAAAACCAUGUUCCUAGUUGUUUUGAAAAAAAGUUAUCUCAUUUGAAAUGUGAAACAAAUCAAGUGUCCGCAGAAGACCUACGUACAAGUCAAUAUAACACUACUAUUUUGGACCCGAAAUAUGUAAUUAAUGUAUCUGCUUUUAGUUCAUCUCAAAUUUUUCUGUUCUUUGUUCUACCCAUUGUCGGCAUUUUCUUCAUUGGCUUCCUACUAUAUAAAUUUACUCCAGUUGUAUCAUUGAUACAUACUAAAGUAUUAAAGAAAAAAUCAAUUAGACGUAAUUUGGAUGAAAUGGAUAUACUAGAAUUAACAGAAUACACGAAUGAACAAAGAAAAUCAAAUUUAGGUAAAAAACAACUAAAUGUAGCAUAUCAUGCCGCAUGA